AUGGACUCGAAUUGUGAUUCUAGUAAAUCGUAUUUUGAUCCAAAUAUCCCUCAGAUUCUUCCUCAUGAGAAUAUGUAUAAGAUCCAAAUCGGAUCUACUUUAUUUAAGAUAAGUGGAGCUUCUUUAAGUUCUGAUGGUCCGAGUUACUUUACAGAUUUUUUCAUUAAAUUAGAGAACGAUCCAUCAACUUCUGAGAAUUUGGCAUCUUUAACUUCACCUUCUGAUACAAAUACACAAGUUGGAGUUGGAAUUAAUAAUAGUACUAACGCACAAACUACUUGUCAAACCACUCUUUUUAUUGAUCGAUCAGCUGAAAUUUUUAAAUAUAUUUAUCAGCAUUUACAAGGUUAUUAUAUAGAUAUUAAAGAUGAAGUUCAAUAUACUAUGCUGAUUGCAGAUUCGAUGUAUUAUAAUUUGCCUCGUUUAAGGAAAAUUCUAAGAGAAACUGAAUAUUAUUAUACAAAGAUUGGUGAUGUAUCUUUUAAAUUACCAAAAUCUUUAUUCGAUAAGGAAGGAGAUACUUACAAUUAUUUCUAUUUAACUUCAGAUACAUUAUAUGUAGAUAUUGAACGUGUAAUUAUAUCAAGAAGAUUAAUUAGACCUCCACCACAUUCUUAUUCUUUUGUUCCAAGAUCUCCUCAUUUAUUUAAACAAUUAUUUGAAUUAUUAUGCGGUGCUACAUUAAAUUUAGACGAUAGUUCCAGAGAGUCGUUGAUUAAAGAAUGUAGAUAUUAUAGAUUAUUAAAUUUAGAACAACGAUUAAUUAAAUGCAAAUUAAUCGAGGACCCAAUAAAUAAACAAAAUGAAAUUUGGAUAAAAUUGAAUGAUAUUACUAAAAAUGGUUUAUCCAUCAAAGAAGAACCAUUUGAAGGAUAUUUUGAAGAGAAUCAUACAGAUAAGAUGAUUAAAUUAAGCCCUCAAGCAAUGAAUAUACCAACAUUAGUUACAAUGAUGUAUAAGAGACCAUAUGUGGAUCUUAUACCAAGAAUUCUUACUAUACAAAUUGAUGAUGGAGAAUCUUAUAUUGAUGUUAAAGAACAUAGAUUCAUGCUUGGUGGGAAAAGUAGGCAAAAAUUUGAGUCUCUUUUCAAUGCCAUAUUCCGUAAUAGAUUAAAUGUUGAAUUGGAUACUUAUUUGAAUAUAAUAGAUGAAUUACCAUUUUUUAAAAUGUAUAUUCAAGAUUUAUUAAAUGGAGAAAUCACUUUGGAUUCAAGACGUUGUACAUUCGAAGACAUGUUUAACGUACGAUAUGAAAAAUUGUAUAUUAAGAGAUCACUAUUUCAGAUAGCGUUUUAUUCCAACAUAAUGUUUCUACCGGUCAAAAUAGAUGCAUUGACUACAAUUACAAACGUACGAAACAGUGAAUUAUUUCUAUAA